UGUGAUUGAGAGAAUCACUCCAUAACAGUAGCAAUCAAUCACGUAUCUUUAGCCAAGAUAUUAUGUAUAUAAGCAUAGUUUGUAAUAUUGAUUAAUCAAGGAAAUAUCUUCUUUCAUGGUAUCAGUUAGCCUAGGGCAAAAUCACUUCAUCUCUUUCAUCCUCUCUUCCGCCGUGCCCUAAGCUCUCCUUUCUCACCUCCGCCCACUCUUCCUGUCAGCCAUGUCUGACACAAAAUCGUCCUUCCAUCCCGCUCUUGCGGUCUCCAACAUCAAGAACAACAUUCCCAUCGUUCUUGAAAUGGAAAAUGUCCAAUAUGCGACAUGGGCGGAGUUAUUCAAGAUUCACGCACGUUCAAACAAGGUACUCCAUCACAUUGUCACACCAGAACACGGCACGGUCAAGACACCGUCCACUGACGAUGAGAAGGAGCUUUGGUCCACACUCGACGCAACGGUCUUACAGUGGAUUUAUUCCACCAUCUCCACCGACCUCUUGCAAACUAUUAUUGAACCCGACUCAACGGCAAUGGAAGCUUGGGGUAGGUUGCGUGACAUAUUCCAAGACAACAAAAACUCUCGUGCCGUCACUCUUGAGCAGGAAUUUUCCCACACCUCUAUGGAAGAUUUCCCGAAUGCUUCGGCUUACUGUCAAAGGCUCAAGGAGUUAGCUGAUCAACUGAAGAACGUCGGAGCACCGGUAAGUAAUGACCGUUUGGUUCUUCAAUUAGUUGCAGGACUCACCGAAGCCUAUAAUGGCGUCGGCACCUUGCUGCGACAGAGCAACCCUUUGCCUCCUUUCUACCAGGCUCGAUCAAUGCUCACACUGGAGGAAGCGGGAUUGGCCAAAAAGGCCGCCAUAGGAGCUCCUUGCGCCAUGGUUGCAGCCGCGCCCAGGGAUGCUGAUGAUGCUCCACAACUCUCGUCCUACCCGGACAACCGUGGCAAUGGGGGAGGCAAGAAGGGCAGCCACCGAAAUUAUGGUGGUAAAAACAACCGCGGCGGCGGCCGGGGCGGUGGCAAGGGUGGCAGACAUGGUGGAGGCAGCAACACCCAUGGUGGGGGGCGUGGUGGUAACCACUCGGGGCAGCAACAACAAUCCGGGUAUCAACAGGGGAAUGGUGCUCAAACUAUGCCUUGGCCUUGGCAGUGGCCUUGGCCCAUUCCCCCUUGUCCAUAUCCAGUGGAUAAUUGGGCCAAGCCCAAUGCAAAUCAGAAGCAGGCAGGAAUACUUGGGCCAUUUCCUCAAGCUUUCACAGCAACAGGACCACAAACUCCCACCGAUAUCGAAGCCGCGAUGCACACUCUUGGUCUUAACCCACCGGAUGCAAAUUGGUACAUGGAUACCGGAGCCACUUCUCAUAUGACAUCCGGGCAAGGAUUUUCAGACGGGGUUGCAACUAAUGAGAUGUGAUAGCCGGGGAGAUCUUUAUCCCAUCACUACCACAACACAAGCCACUCCAUCCACUUUUGCUGCUUUAUCUUCCUCUUUAUGGCAUGAACGUUUGGGCCAUCCGGGAGCACUUGUUCUUGACUCCCUUAGAAAGAAUAAAAUUAUUGAGUGUAAUCGAACUCGUGGUCUUGGUUUUUGUUCUUCCUGUCCUCUAGGGAAGCAUAUUAAACUGCCUUUUGUUGCUUCUAAUUCUCGUACUAUGUUGCCAUUUGAUAUUUUGCAUUGUGAUCUUUGGACAUCUCCUGUUUUGAGCUCUUCUGGGCACCGUUACUAUAUGUUGUUGUUGGAUGAUUACUCUAAUUUCUUGUGGACAUUUCCUUUGUCAAAAAAAUCACAAGUUUAUUCCACAUUUUUAGCUUUUAGAGCCUUCAUCCGUACUCAAUUUGAACGGGAGGUAAAAAAUAUUCAAUGUGAUAAUGGGAGGGAAUUUGAUAAUGGGCAGUUUUGGGAAUUUUGUAAGGUCAAUGGCUUGUCUUUUCGUCUCUCAUGCCCUCAUACAUCACCCCAAAAUGGGAAGGCCGAGAGAAAAAUUCGAACCAUUAAUAAUAUUGUUCGCACAUUACUAGCUCAUGCAUCUUUACCCCCCUCCUUUUGGCAUCAUGCAUUAUACA